GUGUGAGAGAGCUUCCAAAGCCAUAUGGCAUGUUGAGUUUUGUCGCCUGACAGACGCGACCUUUCUACCUCAUAUCAAAUCAUCCGCUCUCUGUUACUGCUGCCUUCCAGGAAUACGAGCUGUUCUUGAUCUAAGCAGUCGUGGUGAAACUUUGACCCUGUUUGAGUCGUCGUGAGGAUGCACAGCUCUCAGAAGGACACCACAUACACCAAGAUCUUCGUCGGGGGUCUUCCGUAUCACACCACCGACUCCAGCCUCAGGAAAUACUUUGAGGUGUUUGGAGAAAUCGAGGAAGCUGUUGUCAUUACUGACAGACAAACGGGGAAAUCCAGAGGCUAUGGAUUUGUGACGAUGUCCGAUCGAGCUGCGGCAGAAAGAGCCUGUAAGGACCCAAACCCCAUCAUAGACGGCAGGAAAGCCAACGUCAACCUGGCGUACCUCGGGGCCAAACCACGGAUCAUGCAGCCGGGGUUUUCAUUUGGUGUCCCUCAAAUACACCCUACCUUUAUCCAACGGCCUUAUGGAGAUAGUGAGGAUGAUCAUUCCCCAUUACUGUAUCCUCCCCCUUUCCGCCAGGUUAUGAGGCUCGCGUUUGGUUAACGUAACCUAAGAAGUGAACGAGUCCAGCAAAGUCAGAAUUCAUAAGCGCUACCACUAGACUC